AUGAAGGCGAGAAAAUGGUUAUCUAAUUCUAAGGAGGUUUUGGAGGCGAUACCUGAAGGAAAAAGAGCAAAAGAACUGGAAUUAAAUGAAAGUGAAUUGCCUUCAGUAAAAACAUUAGAAUUAAUGUGGAAAGCUGAAAGUGAUGUAUUUGUUUUCAGAGGACCAGGGAGGUCUAUAGAAAACAUGACAAAGAGAAAUAUUUUAAGUAAAAUUGCGACAUUGUUUGAUCCGCUUGGUUUUAUAUUACCAGUGAUUAUUUCUGCAAAGAUAAUGCUCCAGGAGCUCUGGACACUGGGAGUAUCUUGGGAUGAACUUGUACCACAAAAUGUAGCAAACGGUGUAGCGGACUGGUUGAGUGGUUUACAAAAUCUACAGAAAUUAGAAGUUCCAAGAUGUAUAAAAUCUACUAAUGACAAAGAUCAACAAAUUAACACUUUUGUUGAUGCUUCAAACGAUACGUAUGCAGCAGUUGUAUAUUUAAGAAGCUCUGAUGGUGAACAGAAGACAGUGCGAUUGAUAGCAUCAAAAACCAGAGUAGCGCCACUAAAAUCCGUGAGCAUUUCCAGAUUAGAAUUAAUGGCAGCUAUGUUAGGGCUACAAAUUACUAUAUCGAUUGUAACCGUAUUGAAUUACGAUAUAAAGGAGGUAACAUUUUGGAGUGACAGUAUUGAUGUACUCUGGUGGGCACGAGGUCGUAGUUGA